CUGGAAAGGGUAAUAGCGCGUUUAUUCCCCACUGCAGACACCUGCAGUCCUCAGUUUUAUAGACUGUCAAAACCUAAGCAACAAAUCAGCCAUUAUUUUGGACUACUUCAGGUGAAGUCUCGGCUAAAGUUGAGAUGUCGAAGCUGUUACUUCAUUCGUGUCAAUGGUCGCAUGCAUGUUGAAUGCCGUGAGCAUCCACGCCAUAAAGCCAGAGAGGUCUUCAACGUCAAGUUACUUUGGUGA